GAAAUACACUGCAAGCAACGCACGCCAUCUUCUUAACCUUUCCGCACAGAGGUGUAAGGGAGACUGAACUCUUCUGUUUCUCUCUCUUACUGCCACCACUCACCUUUUUCUUGACACCUACUCUCUGGCUGUCUCUCUCUUAGAAAGCAGCAUUAUUUGGAAUUUACCCAAAAAAAGAGAAACCAACAUUGUUUUCAGUUGACAAUGGGAAGGAAGCCCAUGACCGUUUAAUGGCAAAUUGCACCAUCCAUUUUAUCUGUAACUCCCUUCCUCUUCUUUUCCUUGCUCUUAACAAAACCCAUGUCGCCAAAAUGUCAGAUCCCGAGAGAAACAUCCAUGAAAGAAGGGAAAGAGACAGGGAAUAAAGUUGGUUUAGUGAGAGGAAGGUCUUGAGACGAGGGGCGCUGGACAAUUGAAUUUGUGUUGGUUUUGAGAUUGUGACAUCGAAUUUAUCAAGAGUAUGACUAGGAAAGGUGUUGUAAAAGUGAAGCCUUGAGAAGAGUUAUAAGGUUGGAGAAUUGGGAUUUGUGUUGGAAUCACGAUGACGAUGAUGGAUAGAACAAGAAAUUUGUUGGAGGGUUUAGUGAGAGAAGGUUCUCUCAAGUGGGUCGUGGGAGGAAAAAGUUCAAUUGAUGAAGAAUAUGAAGCACUGGGUCGCUCUCCUUCAGGACGUAGGAAAUGUAUCUCAGAGCUCUCGCCCCUUGCCAAUGUGGUUGUGGGUCGAUGCUCGAGGAUUCUUGAUGUUUCCAUGGAUGAGCUUCAACAACACUUUAAUCUGGAAGCUUCUGGUUCAAUAAAACAUCCAUCUCGAUAUGCAAGGAACUUCUUGGAAUACUGUUGUUUCAGAGCUCUUGCCGUGUCUACUCAAAUAACGGGUCAUCUUGGCGAUAGGAGCUUUCGGCGUCUGACGUUUGAUAUGAUGCUAGCUUGGGAUGCUCCCCAAGCCACAAGCCAACCUUUACUUAAGGUGGAUGUUGACAGCACCAUUGGCAAAGAGGCUUUUUCUCGUAUAGCACCAGCAAUUCCCACUGUAGCUGAUGUUAUAACUGGUCGCAAUCUUUUUGAUGUUCUUACUGGUUCGACAGAAAAUCGACUUCCAUUCCUUGUCUAUGAAAAGUACCUUGCAGGAUUGGAGAGGGUUAUAAGAACAAUGAGAGCCCAGUCGGAGUCAUCUCAGCUUUCUGGUCUUCGAGCACCUAGAGGUGAAAGGAUUCUUGAUGUUGAUGGCACUGUCACCACGCAGCCAGUUCUCCAACAUGUUGGGAUUUCUACAUGGCCUGGACGCUUAAUUCUCACAGACUAUGCACUAUAUUUUGAAGCUUUGCGAGUUGUAUCUUAUGACAAGGCAAAAGUGUAUGACUUGGCAGAUGACUUAAAGCAGGUUGUUAAGCCUGAACUGUCUGGUCCAUGGGGUACACGUCUUUUUGACAAGGCGGUCAUGUAUAAAUCCAUUUCUUUGUCUGAACCAGUAAUCAUGGAGUUUCCUGAGCUCACAGGGCACUCACGCCGUGAUUAUUGGUUAGCUAUUAUCAGGGAGAUCCUUUAUGCUCAUAAGUUUCUUAGAAAGUUUCAAAUCAAGGGUAUUGAAAGUGAGGCGGCACUUUCAAAGGCAGUGUUAGGCAUACUGCGUCUUCGAGCUAUCGAAGAGGUCACUCAUGCAUUGCCUCCUAACUGUGAGACCCUUCUCAUGUUCAACUUGGCAGAUCAGCUUCCUGGGGGUGACUUAAUAUUGGAGGCACUUGCUGUCCUUUUUGCCUCAAGGGACGCUGAGCAUAAGUCAGAUGAAAAUGGUAUGCAUUCAAUUUCGGCCUUGGGCACUAUGUCAAAUUUGGGGUUUCUGUUGGGAAGAGGUCAGGGUGAGUUCAAUGAAAUUGGCCUUCCUGUUGGGGAGGUCAUGGUGGGAGAGAUGACCCUAUUAGAAAGAGCUGUCGCAGAUUCAAUGAAUAGCUUUAAGAAAGUGGAGCUGGCAAAAGCAACAGUUGAUGGGGUCAAGGUGGAAGGCAUUGACACCAAUCUGGCAGUGAUGAAGGAGCUGCUUUUCCCCAUUACAGAACUUGGUAACUAUCUUCUUUCAAUGGCUUCAUGGGACGACCCCCUGAAAUCUUUGAUAUUUUGCUGCAUCGGUACUUUCAUCAUUUGCAGGGGAUGGCUGGGCCAUGCAUUUGCGCUACUGAUUAUGUUGAUGGCAGCAUUCAUGGUGAUCACUAGAAUCUGCAGCCAGGGCAAGCUAGUGAAUGAGGUCGAGGUCAUCGCCCCACCUCCAAUGAACACCAUGGAGCAGCUCUUGGCAGUUCAGAAUGCCAUUACGCAAGUUGAAGAGUUUGUCCAAGAUGGCAACAUAAUCCUCCUAAAGCUCCGUGCCCUCCUCUUAGCAGCUUUCCCACAGGCUACAGAUAAAGUGGUGAUUGCUUUAAUCAUUUUUUCCCUGGUUUUGGCCUUCAUUCCUGGGAGAUUUAUUGUCCUUUUGGGGUUUUUGGAGAUGUUUACAAUGAAUUCACCUCCUAGAAAGGCAAGCACAGAGAGGUGGACGAGGAGAUUAAGAGAAUGGUGGUUCAGUAUCCCAGCUGCUCCUGUGUCUCUUCAGAGAGCCACACAAGAUAAGAAGAAAAUGUAAGACAAAACCAACUCCCGCCUCCCCCUCUCUCUUUUUCUGCCUUUCUCGAAUCUCUUAUUUGUAUGUAACUUCUGUACAUAAAUUUGUUUUUCGGUUGCAUGUGUUGUAAAUGAUGAAUAAAAUGAUAAAGAGGGUGAAGAAACUGAACAUGGGCAAAUUAUCUUGUGAGUUGGGGCUGGAAUUUUGGGACCGAUUCCGAUUGUCAAAGCCCAAAAGGCAUUUUCUUCCUGUGGCCACUUGCGCUAUAUUGUGAGUUACAGCAAAAAUAGCUUUUCAGAUUC